AUGGUGUCUACUUUGCAAUCAUAUAACUAUGAAAAUUUGAAUCCAAAAGUUGAAACACAAAAUACUCCAGAAUCACACCUUCUCAUUGUUCACAUUCCUGAUGGUUUUACAAGAGGAGAUAUUGGUGCUAAAGUUGAGUAUGAUUUAGGAAGGGUGAGAGUUUUUGGUGAAAGAUCAAUUGGAUCAAAAAUGAUGAGUUUCAAUGAAAAGUAUCAAGUUCCAUCACAUUGUGAUAUUGGCAAUAUUAGAGGCAAGUUUGAUGGAAAAACUGUCACUAUUACAAUGCCAAAUAUUCCAGGUAAAGUUCCUCAACAAGAACAAAAACCAAUUGAAGACAAUAAUGCUGCUAAAACAAAUGAUCAAAAGGAUCAACAAAACACUUCUCAACAAGAUCCUAAAUCAGAUGUUAAAAGUAAAGACGAGGAUGCUACUCCACAGGAUGCUCAAAAUGCGACUACGCCUCAAAAGGGUCCGGAAGAAAUCUCUCAAAAAGAUCAAGUCCAAAAAGAUGAUGAGAAUCCGACCUCGCAGGACGCAGCAAAAGAGUCUAUAGCUCAAAAGGGUUCAGAAGAAAUUUCUCAAAAAGAAUCUGUACCUCAAAAAGGCCGAGAAGAAAUUUCAAAAAACGAGUCAGUGCCUCAAAAGGAUCGAGAAGAAAUUUCUCAAAAAGAAUCUUUACCACAGAAGGGUCAAGAAGAAAUUUCUCAAGAAUCUCAAGGUACAAAAGUCGAAAGUAAGGAAAAAUCUCAUCACAAGACUUCGACUCCAUCAACUCCAUCAGACGAAACACAUGAGUCUAUGCCUCAAAAGAGUCAAGAUCAAGAAACUCCCGAUAAAGCCGUGGACACAAAAGAUACUAAACUUCAAGCAGAAGACACUGCAUCGAGUCUAAAAGACGAGAAUAAGGAAAAUCAAAAGCUUGUAAAGGAAGAAACCACCAUGGAAUCAGAAAAUCUUAAGAAAACUAUGGAAUCAGAAAAUCUACAAGCUAUGAAUGAUUCUUCCCCUACACUUGAAGAGGAAACCAAAGAAGAAAGCAAAGAAUCUGCAAAAGUUGAAACUUUUCCUCAGAUGAAAACAUACAUAGAGAAAGGAAAGGAAAUGAUCAAUGAUAAAUUCGGCGAUGAGAAAAAGAGCUUUCGCGAAUCAACAAAAGCAAGAAUCAAAGACAUGGCUUCAUCUACAACUCAAGCUGUAACUAACUAUGCAAAGAGGUUCAAUGAAGAAGAUAAACAAAAGCUAAUAUACACUGGUGCAACAAUUCUUGUCGUUGCACUCGGUGUUUACGCUUCUUACAAAUAUCGUUCUUCGCGUAGACCAUAG